AUGGACAGCACAGAAGUUAGAGAAUUGAGAGAUGUUUUCGAUUUACUUGAUGGUAAAUCAGGAUUGGAUGUUGGAUUCCUUAGAGCUGCUGCUACAUGUAUGGAUAUUCCAUUGGAUAACACAGUAAUUGGGAGACUCAACUCAUUAACACAGGAAUGUGGAGGCAAACUUGAUUUUGCGGGAUUUGUAAGUCUUGUAAAUAGUGGAAAUGAAAUAAAAAAAUUCACCGUUGAAGAUGCUGUAAAUAUCUUUAGCUGCCUUGACAUCAAGAAGACUGGAACAAUAGAUCUUGAAGAUCUCACGGCUUGUGCUUCCAGACUUGGACUAUCCAUGAGUGAGGAAGAAUUAAAAACAAUGUUAACUAACUUAGAUGGUGACGGUGAUAAUGCCAUUUCUCCGGAUGAUCUUCUGUCAGCACUCCAUCGUUACUCUGAAAGAUUCUAA